UAGGGUUCUUUCCUUUAUAAUCGUGAUGUGCUUGAAUGGAAAAGUACAAUAGAAAGGCUCAACAUAAUCCCAGAAGAAGGUAUUUCAGAAGAUGCAAUUGUAGAAACUUUAAAAAUUAGUUAUGAUGGGUUGAAAGAUAGUUGGCUAAAGGAGAUGUUUUUAGAUAUUGUAUGUUUCUUUAGAUGGUGGAGGGAAUGUGAGGUCAAAGAGAUACUUGAUCGAUUUUAUUCCAACUCUGCUAUUGGACUAAGUAUUCUCAAAGAAAGAUCACUCAUAUAUAUUUCAUGUGGCGUUAUUGAAAUACAUGAUUUAAUAGAAGAAAUGGGCCACCGUAUCGUACGCGAAACUCAUCGAGAUGAGCCUUGUAAACAUAGCAGACUAUGGAAAGAAGCAGAGAUCAGCAAUGUCUUGAUGGGAUGUAUGGACAAGGGCAAUAUUCAGGCUAUAUGUUUGGAGUAUUUCUUCCCAGAACAUAUGGAAUUUAGUGGAGAUAGGGCCUUCACGGGAAUGCAUAGACUAAGACUACUCAGAAUCUUUGGAGGAAAAUUUCCAAGAGGUCUUGAAUAUCUUCCCAGUGAGCUAAAAUCACUUUAUUGGUCGGGAUAUCCUUUAGAAAGCUUGCCAAAAGAUUUCCUAGGAAGAAAGCUCGUUGCACUUGAAAUGCCCUAUGGCAAAGUUUCCCGGCUAUGGGAAGGAGUAAAGUGUUGUCUCAAUUUGGAAAUAAUUGAUCUUUCACACUGUCAGAAAUUAGUGGAAACACCUGAUCUUAAAAUGAUUCCACAUUUGAAGAAGUUGAUCCUAAGGAACUGCAGAAGUUUGAGAGAAGUUCACCAUUCCGUUGAAUUCCUCAAUGAGCUCAGACUGUUAGACCUCGAAAGUUGCCAAAAUCUUGUACAUCUCCCCGGUUGUAUUUGGAGACUUAUAAACUCAAAAGUUCUGGAUCUCUCUCAUUUCUCAAUGCUUAAGAACUUGCCAGAAGUUCUCGGCAAAAUGGAUUGUUUAUGGAUACUUGAGAAGCUGAAGUUGGUUGGCUGCUACCAAUUAGCAAUUCUACCCCGCAACAUUUGGAGAUUGAAACAUUUGGAAAUUUUUGAUAUCCGUCAUUGCUUGAAGCUUAAGAAAUUACCAGAAAUUCCAGAGAAGAUGGAUCGGCUAUUGAAACUCAAACUAGACAGGUCUGGGGUACGCGAACUACCUUCUUCAGUGAAGCAUCUUAGCGGUCUAAAAUAUUUGGGCUUGGAAGGGUGCAGAAAUCUUGCAACCCUACCUACCAAUAUUUGGACUCUAAAAAGGUUAGAAAUCCUUAAUCUCUCUGAGUGCUCGCGGCUUGAGAAGUUACCUGAGAUUCUGGAGACCUUGGAUUGUUUAAAGCAUCUUAUGCUAAACAAUUCAGGGAUACGAGAAUUACCUUCUUCAAUUUACCAUCUAAGAGGCCUGAUUUGUCUAGAUUUGACUCUCUGUGAAAAUCUGGCAAUUCUUCCCAAGGGUACUUGGAGAUUGAUGAGUCUGAAGUUUCUUUACCUAUCUCAGUGCUCAAAACUUAAGAAACUGCCAGAAAUUGGGGAUGAUAUAGCUUAUUCAUCAGUACUUGAAAUCCUAGACUUGUCGAGUAACGAAAAUCUUGUGUCUCUCCCUAGAACCAUCGGAAGGUUGACGAACUUAAAAAUCCUCAAAGUAUCUGGCUGCUUGGAAAUUGAGACAGUUCCAGAAGGGCUAGGUGAUUUAGAUCAGUUGGAGGAGCUUCAUGCAGAUGAUACUGCAAUUCAGUAUCUGCCUUCUUCCAUCACACGCUUGAACACACUGGAAUUCUUGUCCCUUCGGAAAAAACUAUUCAUACACCGCCAAGUUUCUUCAAGUUUUGUGUUUCCACAUGUGUCUACAGGAUUUCGCUCAUUAGUCAGUUUAGAUCUAAGCAAUUGUUCUUUAAUUGAAGGAGGACUUCCUUGCACUUUGGAAUGCUUAUCUUCUCUUAUUUCUUUAAACUUGAGCGGGAAUAAUUUCCUCUUUUUACCUGAUAUUAGUAGACUUUGCUGCCUUCGUUUCCUUGAUUUGACAUUUUGUAGUAGGCUCCAUGGACUGCCUGAACUUCCACCGAGAAUAAAGGAACUUUAUGCAGAUGCCCGCCUUGCUUUGAUGAGUAUUCCAAAAUUUUCUUCCAAGUACAAAGAUUUGGAUGUGAUAUCAUUCAUUGAUGAAGCAGAGAGAGAUGUUUCUAUUUAUCAAGAAAACCAAUCAGGGACAUGUAAACGCCACCAGCCAUGUAAGGAGUUGAUUCAGUUUUCAGCUCAUCUAGAGGGAAUGUUUAAUGUGUUGCACAAAAGGAAUACUUUUAGCAUUGCCUUUCCAGGUUGUGAAAUUCCAGUUUUGUUCAACUAUCAAGAGAGAGGUGCAUAUGGGAUCUCAAUUAAGCUGCCUAGCAAUUGGUUCAACGAGAGGUUCUUGGGAUUUUCAAUAUGUUGUGUUGAUGAAUUCAGAUCUCUCGAAAGAAGUGAUGGUUAUUCAGAUUUUGAAUACCAAUGUGUAAACAGCUCUUACGAAACCAUCAUAGCGAAGUUGAUACCCCUUGAUGGUGAACCAGAGCAACCAAUUUUGGAGUCAAGGUGUGUGGCAGCCACGACUUACACUAAUAUUAAAUCAUCACAUGUUUCCUCUGUGUUCAUGCCAUUUGAUUUUCCAAGCAUUCACGUUGAUAAUUCAAAAUUUUACUGCCUACUUGAGGUAUCGGGUGAAUCAAGAAUUCGUACUCAUUGGGGUGUUCGCUUGCUAUAUGAGAACGAAAUUAAAGACUGGGAAUCAUUAUGGCGUCUGCCCAUUAACAUUUGGCAUAAAAUGAAAAUUUGGCAUUUAUCAGCUGAUACACUUCCAGUGGGAUCACUAAUAAAUCAAAAACACUAUGAAGAAUCGAGCAUGUCCCGUUCUAGAGGAUUUGAAUGGUCCAGAAUGAUGAAAAUUUGGCGUACUGCAAAUGCUACAUUGCUGGAGGGAUCCUUUCAAAAACAAGAAGUUUGGAAAGAGAUGAGCUCGUCCAAAGAUGCAAGAAAUGGAUCGAAACAGUUGAGAGGCCCCGCAACUUCACCAGCUGCCUUGAGGAAAUGCCAAAUAUUCCCAAAAAAUGGAACUUGCUUGUUUUGCCAUCUAGUCGAGGAAAACAUUGUUCACCUAUUUUUUCAUUGCCGCAUAGCUCGGCUGGUUUGGCUUAAAAUAUGGGGUAUUAGGACAGAGGAAUUCCUUGAAUUCACCACUCAAGAAUGGAUUCAUGUUAUUCUUAACCCUGAAAAGUUAUUUGGUCUCUUAGCUCCAAGUAGGGACCAAUUUGUUGUGUUCGCCGCAAUUAUAUUCAGAAAGAUAUGGGAGAAAAGAAACCGUAUGCUUCAAGGGGAGGAUAAUAGGUUGAAUGCUGAUGAGCUUUACAGAGCUGGAAAUGAGGCUACAAAAGAAGAAAAGUUACUUGAUCGGUUCUUGUCGGACUUGCUUGAAACCAAAUUUGACACAUGUGAAACUGACAGAUCUGCAGAACCAGAUGAUAUUGAGAAGUAUGAUAUAUAUGAUGAUGAUGAUGAUGAUGAUGAUGGUGAUAUUGAGCUUGAUCACAUCAGUGAUGUUGAGUAUCACUCUUUCACAUUCUAGCUUUAUUAUUAUUGUUGUUUUGUUUAUUUUAGAGUAGAAUUGGACUUACAAUCUCACUCUGAUGAGUGAUAUAGAACUAAUAGCACUUUAGAAAUUAUGCGAAAAAUACAGCAUAUUAUAAUUUUACCUAUUCGAUGAAAUGAAUAUUUAUAUGUAAAGUUUAGCCAGAAUUAUGUCGUACGACUCAAGUCUCAGAAAGUGAAAGAUACAAUUUUUUAGGGACACAAGAGUAACUUAAAAUGGGUGAAAAUCAUUUACAUUCAAUUUGGUUUACUAAAUAAGGAUGUCAAAGGACCUCAGGAUUUUUGAUAUGGAGGGACCUCGGUAGGAGAAAAUCCCAAUAAAGGACUUAGCAUAGAGGAAAGAGCAGAGGAGAUGUAGAUAUCCCAGAUGAUUUGAACGCGUGAAAGAUCAUAGGCGCUACAAGAUUUGAUCAAACUCUGUGUAUACAUGAAGAAUGUUCCUGUCUGGUAACUGCUUAAGCUUAAUAAGUGAAUUGCUAUUGUUUGCUAACGGACUUAAGCACUAAGUGCUGAUGGCUGAUAGUAUCCUUUCUUUUUGCAGCCCGUGUAUUCUUGUAUAAUGCUCGGAUAAUUUACCUAGAGUUGUCAUCUGUCUAUAGAAGAACUUCCUAGCUUUCUUCCUUAAUGCCUUUUGCAUACCCACCACAUUUCUCUCAAGUGGAAUGACACAGUUCUUUGCUAGCCUGACAGUUCG